AAGAAGCUGCAGAGUAUCACUGUUUAUCCAUUCUGUUUUUUGUCACAACUCGCAGUUACUUCAUGUACUAUCACUGAUUCCGCUUCUUUUGAUAGUAAGUUAUUUUGUACUGCCUAUAUGAAAAAAGUAUACUUCAUGCCACAGGGUUAUACAAUAUGUAAGAUUACUAGUAAUCUUACAUCACUUUCCUCCAUGAGCUCUUGGAGAAAAGUGACUAAUAAAAUUUAAGAAGUUUGUUAAGCUGGGUUUUAUUUAGUUUGCAUGGUGAGAGACAUGAAUUUAUCUGAGACAAUUAAUAAAAUUACGUAGAAUCUUCUGGUUAGCGGGACUUCAACUCUCACACCACAUGAGAAUGUUAAACAUAUGUAGUGUGUUAAUUCAAACCUGUUAUAAAAGCGAGCAACCGCUAGAAAUUUAAGGAAAAAGUUAAGAGCACAGGAUUUCGAUUAAAAAUAAUAAUAUUGGUGAGUGCUGUAGUUAUUUUGAGUUGGAAAUAUUUUCAGUAUGACUAUUUGGUUAGCAAGUUUAGUAAACGCUGUUCUUGCUUUCUCCCUUAUCACUUUUACGCUUACUUACAAAGAUACUUUAGAAAAAUGUAUCCCUUCCUUCAAAAGAAUAUUAGAUUAUCAGGCUCACGAAAUUUUGAAAGCAAGUCAUCAGUGAUUUAUCAAGUUUUAGACGUUCCGAAAAUUCGUCUAAAUGAGUGGAAACAAACAGAGUUGAUUAAUUUUCAGUCUACUAAUAGUUCAAAGAAUCCUGAAAAGAUAUCAGAAGUGAACACCGUUGACAAGCAGAAUUCUGGAUUAAAUUCCUCCAAUACUUCUUCAUCAGAAGUUCAAAGAAAUACUUCAGAUAAACAAAAUUCCGGAAAGCAACGAAUAUUCCUACAAGUUAACAAGGUAUGCAUUAAUGAACAAAGCUCAACUACAACCAAGAAGACAUUUAUUAGAUCAAACAUUACUAAAGAUCCAAGAAGUUUCAGCGCUGGAGCUGUGGUUAAUCAUUCAAGCAACAACAACAGCAGCAGGAAUAGUAAUAAUGAUAAAAUCACUUUAAAUCAUAAUCUUGAAGGGAGUGAUAAAUCAAACCAAUCAAAAACUGUGAAUGAUACGAAGUCAGAAAGGGAUGAAAAGAAUUCAGUUACACAAAAACUAUGUCAAUCUACCUGUUCUGGAAGUUUAUAUUUAUUCAAUAGUCUACCCCAACCUGCUCCAAACUAUUUUAUAACAGAACAUAAUAAAGAUAUCGAUGCUAAUGAGACUGAAGUUGAUGACACUGACGAUGAUGUGAUCUGUUCAGAAAGUUCAUAUUUCCAACGUAUCAGUGUAGAUCAAAAUUCGCUAAAAGAAUUAACUGACACUGAAUUAAAAUUCAAAGUGAUUAUGGCGUCUGCUUCACAACCUUCAAAAACAACCUCAACUCUUCAUUUCAACGAAUUGAAUAACAAUCACUUCAAUAAUAAGAAUGCCAAAGAAGGCAAUACACCAACUCCUAUAGAUUUAGCUGGAUACGAGAGAUCAGAUGAUUUAUCAGCCAGUUUCGAAGAAUCUCUUCUAGCCAGCUUAAAACAAGCAGCAAUGGGAGGGAAUUUUGACUCAGAUUUAUUAUUAAUGAAACAAGAGUUAACACGAAAAAGCGUUAACACAACAGACAAGUCAGUAAAGGCAACAGGUGAACAACAGCUGUCUGGUAUAUCAAAAUCAAUCCCGCUUCCAUCACAAAGUUCACCACGAAAUCAUAUCGGAAAGAAUAUAAUAAACAGUACUGAAGAUGAAAAGUGUGAUAUUGUAAAUACUCUUAGAAAGCAAAUAUUAAAUGUGAGUUUUAGUGAUCAUGAUGAUUAUGGUGAAGGUGAAGAUGUUACUACAAGUGAUGGUCUGGGAUCAUUAAUUUAUUUACGUUAUCAUUUAACACGUCAUCAUCAACACUGUCAACAUUAUCCUCAGAAUUAUCACCAGCAUCUUGGAAAUGAGUAUCUUCAACAGAGAGAUAACUUGUUGGUUGAUAUAAAUCAUCAAAUAUCACCGAAAUCAGAGAUCAGCACUUAUCGAAAGCGUAGCUAUCAUUCUAGAAAUGAUAAUGAUAAUUCGUCUACCUUGUCAUUAAGUCAUCAAAGUACUCAGAGUAAUGAAGAUAUAUCACAAUUAAUUACUGGGGUUGAAGUAUCUAGUCAUUGGGGUACUGGAACAUUAACUUCAUCAAAUGAAAGUCUACCGUAUUCAAUUUGUGAUAAUGUUACAUCCAGGGGAUCAUGUGAACCACCAAAUCAUCAAUUAAAACAACAUCAUACUUGUACAUUGAAUCGAACAAAUUCAAAAAAUACACUAUCAGAUAUGAAAGAAAAACAAAGUAAUGAUAAUAAUUCUAUUAAUUCAAAUAAUCAACUUGUUGAAUUAAUUUAUGAUUCAAUAUUAAAUUGUUAUUAUGAUCCAAAAUCGGGACGUUUUUAUGAAUUAAUUUAAAGUGACUAGAGAACUGCGGGAGUGAUAACUUGAAAACAGACAAUAAUGUGAUUUUUAUAGGUGAUAUAUUAUUACUAUUAGAUUUACAGUAUACUAUGAAAUUUGCUGUACUGUUUUCCUACUUUUGAUGGUAUUUUACCUUUUCUGUAAAUGUAUAAUUGUACCCUUCAACUGAAUGUAACCAGUUCACUAGUAUUAUUAUUUGAUGAUCUCACUCCAUGAACUUAUAGAUCAGGAGAUAGAUCUAUCUAUCGGAGAUAGAUCACUUUCGGCAUUUUGUGAUAUCAUACCACCUUGUACAUAUUAUUCAUGUAUUGUCAUAUUCAAUUUAGAAAUAAAUA